AUGGUCAACAACUCGCGCAAGUUCGCCUUCGAGGAGGAGCCCAGCCCCACAAGCCAGAAUACGUGGCAAGCUGAAGCUCAAGGCUCUUCGGGACCUAACUAUGAACCUGAGCCUGGAAGUCCGGCGGGACCUAGCAUCAACUCGAGUGCUUCAACCCGACAGUCAGGCGGCUCGUUCGCGAAUCGAUGGAAGUCGCGGGUUUCUGGUCCCAACGAUACCUCGCGACAAGAUUCGGUCCCUGGAUUGCCCGUCAGCACACCCCUCUCCGCCCGGAGGCCAGUCCCCCUUCAAUCUGUCUACUCCGGCCUUUCUGGAAAGACGUCCAACCGCCCAAUCUUCCAGCAACAACCUUCUCACUGCAUGGAGAAGCGCGAUUCCAUGCUCUUCACAGCUGUGACGAAGACUUCAAUGGCCAGCAACUUCAACGACGAACAGCCUGAGACACUAGACUUGAUCAAUCAUGCGCUGUUGAAGACUGUGGCCCGCACUACAGUGUGUCUAGCUGAGAUGGAGGUCCGUGUUGGACUGCGCACUCUUCUAGCCUGCCAGGCAGUCCAAGGCCUGGCGAAUCUUCGCCAAGAUGUGGCGUCCUGGAAGCUUAUGGGCCCCGCGCUUACACAACGGUUGUAUGGUGAACAGUCGGAAGUGCUUGACCGCUUGGAAAGCAUACGCGAUGCGAUGCGCGAUUGCAGUGCCCAUGAACCCAUUUGCGAGUGCCAGCUUUCGGUCUCCGACCUCAUGACAGACCAAUACACGACCGUGGACUUUUUCGCCGGCCGCGACAUUCAUGACUACGCCGAAUGUUGCCACAACAUUGUACUCGAAAGCAGUGACGCAAAGAACCCGGCUUCUGAGACCAAAAUCAUGCAGAGGAUGUAUCGGGGCCUGGACGACUUCUUCAAACGGAAGGAACAGGCUGGCUUUGGGGACUACGAGCCUGAUAAAGCCCGAUGCCAAAACUACGCAUCUUUUUUUGAAGCUUGGUACAGGAUGAUCUCACCCGACAACAAGCCAUUCCUCAACAAGUUGGAUCAAGAGAUGCGUCGGCUUCAAGCUCUGGCGGAUCAACAGCGAAAAAGGAAGGUACACAAGAAGCGGCCGGAGUUCAUAAUACGCGUGACUGGUCUUCUGAAGGGAAAGUCUGUGGAUAGAGGCUCCGGAUCGGGGUCUUUCAGUCCCUGA